CAGAUGCCGCCUGGCACCGAGCGCAGCCGCCGCCGCCGCCGCCGCAGCAGCAGCACUUUCCACUUGUAUUGAUCACCUCCCGGCCCCGCUGAGCCUGCUCGCCGCAGCGGAGCGCGGCCAGCGCGCCAGCCCUUGGGCAGCCCCGGAGCACUCGGGCUCCGGGAGGCAACUCCUUGCGAGCGCCCUGUCCGGGGUGCCCUCUGCGCUCUGCAGUGUCUUUCUCUCUGUCUGGGAGCAGAAGAAGGAGGAGGAGGAGAGGGAGGAGGAGGAGGAGGAGGAGGAGGAGGACGUCUGGUCCGGGCUGAGAGGUGGAGCAGCGGCAGCAGCCGCCGCCGGAAAGGGAGAGGCAGGAGAGACCGAGACUUGGAAACCCCAAAGUACCCGCGACCCUGCACGGCAGGCUCCCUUCCAGCUUCAUGGGCAAAGUGUGGAAACAGCAGAUGUACCCUCAGUACGCCACCUACUACUACCCCCAGUAUCUUCAAGCGAAGCAGUCUCUGGUCCCAGCCCACCCCAUGGCCCCUCCCAGCCCCAGCACCACCAGCAGUAAUAACAACAGUAGUAGCAGUAGCAGCUCAGGAUGGGAUCAGCUAAGCAAAACGAACCUCUAUAUCCGGGGGCUGCCUCCCAACACCACAGACCAGGACCUGGUGAAGCUGUGUCAGCCAUAUGGGAAAAUUGUUUCCACGAAGGCAAUUUUGGAUAAGACAACGAACAAAUGCAAAGGUUAUGGUUUUGUCGACUUUGACAGUCCUGCAGCAGCUCAGAAGGCUGUGUCUGCCCUGAAGGCAAGUGGGGUUCAAGCUCAAAUGGCAAAGCAACAGGAACAAGAUCCUACCAACUUGUAUAUUUCUAAUUUGCCACUGUCCAUGGAUGAGCAAGAACUUGAAAAUAUGCUGAAACCAUUUGGACAAGUUAUUUCUACAAGGAUACUACGCGAUUCCAGUGGGACAAGUCGUGGUGUUGGCUUUGCUAGGAUGGAAUCAACAGAAAAGUGCGAAGCCGUUAUUGGUCAUUUUAAUGGAAAAUUCAUUAAGACGCCACCCGGAGUUUCUGCUCCUACAGAACCUUUAUUGUGUAAGUUUGCGGAUGGAGGACAGAAGAAGAGACAGAACCCAAACAAAUACAUCCCUAAUGGACGACCGUGGCAUAGAGAAGGAGAGGUGAGACUUGCUGGAAUGACACUUACUUAUGACCCAACCACGGCUGCUAUACAGAACGGAUUUUAUCCUUCACCAUACAGUAUUGCUACCAACCGAAUGAUCACUCAAACUUCUAUUACACCCUAUAUUGCAUCUCCUGUAUCUGCCUACCAGGUGGCAAAGGAAACCAGAGAAAACAAGUAUCGGGGCUCUGCUAUCAAGGUGCAAAGCCCUUCUUGGAUGCAACCGCAACCGUAUAUCCUACAGCACCCCGGUGCCGUGUUAACUCCCUCAAUGGAGCACACCAUGUCACUACAGCCCGCAUCUAUGAUCAGCCCUCUGGCCCAGCAGAUGAGUCACCUGUCACUAGGCAGCACCGGAACAUACAUGCCUGCCACGUCAGCUGUGCAGGGGGCCUACCUGCCACAGUAUACCCACGUGCAGACGCCGGCGGUUCCUGUGGAGGUUGGUAUAGACUGUCCAGUGGCCGUUCUGGCAGAGGCGAGUGGUCAGCAGCAGGUGGCUGUAGAGACGUCUAAUGACCAUUCUCCAUAUACCUUUCAACCCAAUAAGUAACUGUGAGAUGUACAGAAGGGUGUGCUUAAAUGAAGAAGGUUGUGAAGGCUGAACAAUCAUGGAUUUUUCUGAUCAAUUGUGCUUUAGGAAAUUAUUGACAGUUUUGCACAGGUUCUUGAAAACGUUAUUUAUAAUGAAAUCAACUAAAACUAUUUUUGCUAUAAGUUCUAUAAGGUGCAUAAAACCCUUAAAUUCAUCUAGUAGCUGUUCCCCUGAACAGGUUUAUUUUAGUAAAAAAAAAAAAAAAAAGAAAAAGAAAAAAAAACCAACAAAAAAAAAAAAAAUUUUUAUAAAAUGUUAUGAUGCAAAAAAAGAAAAAAAAAAAAGAAAAAAGGAAAAAAAAAAAAAGAAAAAGAAAACUUCAAUUCUCUGGGUAUGCACAAAGACCAUGAAGACUUACCCAAGUGCAUGACCGGAUUCUUGUGGUUUUGUUCAUUUUGUGUUUUCGUUUGUGUUUUUUUCAGCUGUAUGAAAUGGGCUUUCUGAUGUUUAAAUAGUCCAACUUCACCCCUGGUGUUCUGUGCUUGCAGUGUGAGUGUUGCAGCCAGUGUCUCUUUUCUUAGCUUUCCGUUUUCCUUUCCACGUAGUGUGAAGUGUCUUAUCCUUUUCUAUGAAUUCCAAUUUGCCUUAACUCUUUUGAUGCUGUAGCUGUUUCAGUAAAAGUUAGUUCAAACUAAUGAUGUAGAAUGCUUUGACCAAAUGGGCUGGUCUAUUAUGCCUUGUUAAACAGCAGCAUAGGGCUUUUAAAAGGUAGUCAAUAAAAGUUGCUGAAAUUUUGGCUUUUUUAAAUAUGUAGUAGGUGUUUUUAAUGAUUUUUCACAUAAUGUGUAAGGUAGUGAAAUGCAAGAAGGGAAAACUGUUUUGUGUGAAACACAUUUUCUGACUGGGGAACUUUUAAUAGGGUAAAUUGUUUGUAAGGCUGUACGCCAAGAGUUUCCUCUGAUAGUUUGACUGAUUUAGGAUAUCUGCUGUAUGAUGCAAUGUAAAGUCUUUUUUGCCUUUUUUCAGGAAAAAAAAAAAAACUAACUUGAUGUUCUAGAUUUAGUGUAGGUAGCGUAGGGGCAGGGGGUGGGGGGAGGGGAGGGAGUCACCGAAUGUUUUGUCCUUCCUUUAUACUAACGAUAGUGCUUUAGAAUGAGAAUGACGCCUGAGAUCUGGCAAACCGAAAAAAACCACAGAUGUUGCUAUUGCAACGAAAUAGCAAAAGUUAAAAGUAAGGAUUUAUCUUCAAACAUAAGCUGAGAUAUGAAUAGAAGCGAAACAAUUGGCUACUAGCUCUCUCUAUCACGUAAAUUUGAGAAACAAAAAUUACUUGGCACUUUUAAAGGUAACUUCACCAAAGACCGAAGAGCCAGUAACCAGUAGCUCCAGCUUGUCUCAGCAUCACAUCUUCUGUGCUCUUUAUUUUUGCCGGACCAGUUUGCGGUUAGGAGAAUGUGCCUUUUUUGUACCUUUGGAUUUAGGUUUUAUAAUUUUAAUUGACGUAUGGACACACACAAACAAACAAAAAAGCAUGAAGGAAGAUUUGGAUCCAAGCAGUGCCACACUUUACAUCAUCACUACAAGUGUUAAGUGUAAAGAAAAACCAAUUUUGAAACUAUGAAAUUCCUGAUUCAUAAAUACACAGUUAUUUCUACUUUAGUACAUAUAAGAUAAUUCACUGUUAUUAAAGCUCUUUUAUUAAGACAAUUGCAUACGUUUGAAAAGCAAUGGUAAAUUAAGUUGUCUUCCAAAACUGUGUACUUGUCUGGUCAACUGUGUGUGAUCAGUUAUCUACCUCAGAGUCUAUUUUCUUUUGUGCUGGGACAGGUUGCUGGCCCUCCCUGUUUCCACAGACCAAAUCCUUCCUAGCUCAGGAGCUAGGCCUAAGCAGUUAUUUCUUUCGAGUAUUUUUUAGUUCUUAAAAUUUAUGCUUGUGUUUGAUUAUAGAUGUCAGUGAUAUUUCAUAGUUUCAAAAGUCCUUGCUGCUCUGAGAAGUGUAGAUUCUAGUGAAAUUACAUAGUCAUAAGAGAAGUGUGUUUUUGUUUUUGUUUUUGUUUCCUUUUUUAAAGUUGUGGUAUUAUUGGUUCUAUGCUCCCUGGAAUAUUACUGCUUUGUGAAAGUCCAGACUGAACGCAGCACCCUCUUUGUACCUAGUACAUUGUAAACCUGGGUCUCUCACUACUUGAUAUUUUUGCAUUAGUUAAGACAGAAAUUUGAUAACUCAGAGGGGAGGGGAAAUCUGCUGCUAGAAGUGUCUGAACUAAGUGCCAUACUCGUCUGGGUAAGAUUUGGGAAACAUAACCUCUGUACAUAAAAAAAGAAAAAAAACCAGUUAAACAUCACAUAGUAGACAGCCAUUAAAUUAUAAAAAAAAUUAAUUUAUGAAGAAAGACCUUUUGUACAGAUUGAAAAAAAAAGAUUUUCAUAGAGAUAUCUAUAUGAUCAAGAGAGUUAAUUUUUUAUUUUUGUUUUACUAGUGCCACAAACUUGCCAGUGGUAACUUAUUUGUCCGGUUCAAGAUAACUCUGUAGUUUUCUUUCCUAGGACUUGUUGUUAAACGCCAAAAAGACAUUUUUGAACUGUACAUUUGAUCAGAUUGUUAGCUUUUUCUGUUUUAUUUCUUUUGAGAACCUUUGAAUAAAAAACAUCUGAAAUUUUA